UGAUAGUAUUAUAACAAUGCAUGUUGUUAAUCAAAUUUCGUAAUAGAUGCAUUAUGGGAAGUGCAACGAUAUACCGCGCUUUUUUGAAAAUGUCUCGAUCGCUUCCAAAAGUAUUUUAGAGCCUGGUGUAAUAAAUGAAGAACUUCUUAUCAAUUUAUUAAUCGAUCAAGGUCCUAAAGGUGAUGCUGGAAAAUAUUUUCUUGAAGAUGGUAUUAAACUAGAUGUUAUCACGGAAAUACGAAUUGAAUUUUUUAAUAUUUUGAACAUCGAUCAUCUUUGGGUAAUGCCAAAUUUGAUAAAAUUACAUUUAUCAAAUAACAUUAUAGAAAAAAUUGAAAAUUUGGAUGCACUUGUUCACUUGAAAGAACUUAAUCUAUCUUUUAAUCAUAUUAAAAUAAUGGAGAAUCUAAACCAUUUAAUCGAAUUGGAAAUAUUGUUACUUUUUAAUAAUCACAUCUCUAAAAUCGAGGGCAUAAAUAAUUUGCAUAAGUUGCACAUUUUUAGUAUUGGAAAUAACCAGAUAACAGACUGGGAACAUGUCAUUUAUUUAAGACAAUUCAAAUAUCUAUGUAGUUUUAACAUAAAUAAUAAUCCAUGUACGGAGAAAAAUGGAUAUCAAGAAUACCUAAUUGCAUUUGUACCGCAAUUAAUCUAUUAUCAGUAUAAAAUGAUUACUAAGGAAGAACGUCAAUCUGCUAUAAUCAAACAACAACAUAUGAUUAGUAAUAUAGAAGAGGAAGAAGCAAAAAAGAAAAAACAAUUGGAAGAACAGGAAGCAUUUAAAAAUUUACAGGAUUUACUAUCUAAAUCUUAUGUAGAAUAUUUGAACGAUGAUAACUUUUUUUGGCAUAUGUUUCUUGAUGAUAAAGAAGGAAAAGAUUUAUCUGUAGUGAAUAGUGAUACAGAAAAUGCUUUUGAGGAAUAUAGAAAAAAAAUUUCUUCUAUAUGUUAUGAAUUUUAUGAAAUAGGAUUAAAGGAACAAGUUAAACGAGAUGAUGAAAUUAAAUUAUUUAAUGAUGUUGUUAAUGAAGGCAAAAGUAAAGUACAAAAUGAUUCAAAAGAUAUUGUGGAUGAAUUAUCGGACGAAAAAAUUAAAAUAUUCUCACAAAUAAAUCUAUUAUUUAAUAUACUUGAUGAUGAAAUGGAUGAAAUGGAUGAUAAUGUAGAAGUGGUAUACAAUUGGUAUAUUCAUUUCAAUGAUGUGAUAUCCAAAACAUGGUCAAAAUUAAUGUCUAAAGAAGUUGUAAUACAUGAUCAAUUAGUAGAAAUAAAUGAAGUCUUCAAAGUAAAUAUGACAAAUAUGAUUGAGCAAUUUUUGGAGACUGCUCGAGAAUAUUUUUCACAAAUGCGAAAUGCUGAAGCAGACUAUAAUGAUAAUAUAAAUAGUAUUAUUUCGUAUUAUAUCAGUGGUUUUGGAGAUGAAUCUAAAAUCCCAAAUCAUUUGUUAGAUUUAUGUGGAGACAAAGAUACAUUAAGUAAUAAUCUUGCAGCAUCACACGAUUUACAUUUGCGUGUCAUUGAUGCUAGGGAAGAUCGUAUGUUAAGCAGAUUAAAAAUAUGGCAUAAUGAGUACUGUGAAGAGUUGUAUAACAAGGAAAAUAACAGGCACCGUCAAAAAAUUUUGGAAAUUACCCAUUUUCUUCAAAAUGUACGUAAACAAUUUCAUUCAUUAAUAUUAUUACAUCUACCAUAUUUUGAAAUUGAUAAUGUUUCUAAUUUGACUAAAAAAAGAAAAUGAUUAAUUGUAAUAAAGAGAAGUAUAAG